GAGAGAAAAUAUCGAUUUACGGCAAGAAAACCGAAGGGAGUAUAAUACAGGGGGCCUUUACCCUGCGUGAACUGUUAUCACAAGUGAGGAGGGGGAUAAGGCAGUCGAUAACAGUGCGGGCUAAUCUGCGGACAUCUGUGUUUUUUUUACCUGUGUAUCCGCCGGUGAGGAGGGAGGAGGACACGCCAAAGGAGAGAGGAGAAGAUGCUGUGAUCCGCUACUUGCAGGGAUGUAGAGAGACGGGGAGAGACAGGGAGGGGGAGGACUACGCUACGGCUAAAGAUGGUUGUUUUGCUAGGGAUACGCGUUUCACCCCGACAUAUUGCGAGAAUGCGGCGGUCGUGUGAUAAAUCUUACCGUUUGGCGAUGCCCAGAAACUUCAGGAGGUGUCGGUUUUUUUGACAGCGAGACGGCCGUUGGUCCGGGCGUUGAAGCUAAAGCUAGCCUCGCUGCUGUGUGGGAGAGCGGCGGCGAGGCUAAAAUAGCAUGUUGUUGCACCUGUAAAAACAGGCCUGACAGAGAGAAUAAAACUGAUUUAAUUUACACUGCUAACACCCACUUGACGUAUUUGACCGUUUGUCGGUAAAACUCAACCAGCAAAGGAGUUAAAUCUUUGCGGCAGGCGUGAAAAACACGGUUAUUUCCAAGCUAUAUAACGUUACACUGCGAUAAUUUUCUCACUAACCGUCAUAUCUAGUUAACGUCACACACGUAAGUUACACUAAUAAGCAAAUGUACAGGGGUGACACUCUUCAGUUAGCCUAGCUUGUCAUCUUUAUAUCUAGGGUAGUGGUCAGUAUUUAACGCAUAAAAACCACCUAGUAACUCGCUGUCAUCUCAGUUUUCUCUGCUUUAAGCUGUUUUUGUUCAAUAUCAACGUUAUACAUGUUUACCGUGCUUCAUAACAACAAUAUUUAGCUUUGUGUAUUAACCAGGUUUCAAUGAAGGAUGUCCAUUCAUCAUCCAGAUGUUGUAAAUCAGCACCAGUGCUUUUAUUACAGAGUGGCAGUGUUAUCACUGAAAUAAAAGGCACCAUCUUGUAUCCCACAAUAACUGUAUAAGCUGUAUAAUAUCACAGUAAUUGCAAUAACAACUGUGCAGUAAUAGUAGAGGUAGUAGUAGUAGUAGUAGUAGUAGUAGUAGUGUAUUAGCCUCCAGUCAGAGCAGUAUGAGUAAGGAACUGUCUCUAAGUCAGUCAGCUCAAUAUGUUGGGCCCUACCGACUGGAAAAAACACUGGGGAAGGGACAGACGGGACUGGUCAAGCUCGGGGUCCAUUGUAUUACGGGUCAGAAGGUAGCGAUCAAAAUAGUCAACAGAGAGAAGCUGUCUGAGUCAGUCCUGAUGAAGGUUGAGAGGGAGAUUGCCAUUCUGAAACUGAUUGAGCAUCCGCAUGUGUUGAAGCUGCAUGAUGUUUACGAGAAUAACAAAUACCUGUACCUGGUGUUGGAGCAUGUGUCAGGAGGGGAGUUGUUUGACUACCUGGUCAAGAAGGGCCGGCUGACUCCGAAAGAGGCCAGGAAGUUCUUCAGGCAGAUCAUCUCUGCUUUGGAUUUCUGCCACAGUCAUUCCAUCUGUCACAGAGACCUGAAGCCCGAGAACUUGCUCCUGGAUGAAAAGAACAACAUCCGCAUCGCUGACUUUGGCAUGGCCUCCCUACAGGUGGGAGACAGUCUGUUAGAGACCAGCUGUGGAUCGCCACAUUAUGCUUGCCCUGAAGUUAUACGGGGGGAGAAAUACGAUGGGCGGAGAGCAGAUGUGUGGAGCUGUGGGGUCAUCCUUUUUGCUCUGUUGGUGGGUGCCCUGCCCUUUGACCAUGACAAUUUACGCCAGCUUCUGGAGAAGGUGAAGAGUGGGGUGUUCCACAUGCCCCACUUCAUCCCCCCGGACUGCCAGUCACUGCUCAAGGGCAUGAUUGAGGUCAACCCUGAAAAGAGGCUCACGCUAGAGGCCAUCCAGAAACACGCCUGGUAUCUGGGAGGUCGUAAUGAGCCGUGUCCUGAGCAGCCUCCUCCCAGGCGGGUGUGUGUGAGGCGAAUCUUGUCCCUGACUGAGCUGGACCCAGAUGUGUUGGACAGCAUGCACUCGCUGGGUUGUUUCCGAGACCGAGGCAAGCUCACACGUGAUUUGCAAUGUGAAGAAGAAAACCAGGAAAAGAUGAUCUAUUACCUACUGCUGGACAGGAAAGAGCGCUACCCCAGCUAUGAGGAUGAGGACUUGCCUCCGCGCAAUGACGUAGCGGACCCUCCUCGAAAGCGAGUUGACUCUCCAAUGCUGACGCGCCACGGCCGCUGUCGCCCAGAGAGGAAAAGCCUGGAGGUGCUGAGUGUUACUGAGCAGGGAUCCCCUACCCCGCCUCGCAGGGCCCUGGACACAGCUGCACACAGCCAGAGGUCUCGCUCAGUCAGCGGAGCAUCAACUGGACUCUCCUCCAGCCCUCUCAGCAGUCCCAGGUCCUAUCAAAGCCCCGUCUUCACUUUCAGCCAAUCAGACGUCACCUCUGCCACCGCUACUCCCCUCACAAAGGAGCCCAAACAGGGAAACGCCACCACUCCUCGCUCAGCACGGGCUCAUGACAAGCCCAAAGCUCCCCCCAACCCAAAGACCCAGACCCUGCCCACCAAGGGACCGGCAGACCGACCCCAUCUGCAGCCCAUCAAAUCCCUGCCUCUGCACAACCCAUCCUCCCGCUCACCCUCCCCUUCUCCGCUCCUGUCACCCAUCCCUCGUUUCUUCUUCCCCUCGUCCUCUGUCCUAAAGUCAGUGACUAAGAGCUUCUACCCAAACUCUGCCCACUCUGUGCCGCAGGUCACUCCCCAGGGCUCUCCGUUGCCCACACCCCUGGGCACCCCUGUCCACCACCCUCACCACCCCUCCUCCACCCCGCCCUCCUCUUCCUCGUCCUCGUCCUCCUCGCGGGCGGAGGGAGGGGGAGGGGUGGGCUCACUGUCGCUGACCCCGCCUUCCAGCCCAGGAGGGGGAAGCGGCAUGGCGGCCAGCAGCUCUGCUCACUGGAGGACCCGCCUCAAUUCUUUCAAGAACAACCUGCUGGGCUCGCCCCGUUUCCAUCGCCGUAAACUGCAAGUUCCUACAUCAGAAGACAUGUCCAGUCUAACACCAGAGUCCAGCCCUGAGCUGGCUAAGAAGUCGUGGUUUGGGAACUUCAUUGGCUUGGAGAAAGAGGAGCAGAUCUUUGUGGUGAUCAGAGACAAACCUCUGAGUUCCGUCAAAGCCGACAUUGUCCACGCCUUCUUGUCUAUCCCGUCACUCAGUCACAGCGUCCUCUCACAGACCAGCUUUCGGGCCGAGUACAAGUCCUCCGGCGGCCCCUCUGUCUUCCAGAAGCCCGUCAAGUUCCAGGUGGACAUUGCUUUUUCCGAAGGCGAGAGGGAGCGAGACAGGGAGAGGAGCGAGAGGGAGGGCAGGAGGGAGACGGGAAUCUACAGCGUGACGUUCACCCUCAUUUCAGGUCCGAGUCGCAGGUUCAGACGAGUGGUGGAAACAAUUCAAGCCCAGCUUCUCAGCUCCCAUGAUCAACCCAUGGUACAAGCCCUAUCUGAUCCCUUCCCAGAUGAGAAGAACGGCCGACCCCACGGGACCCCCACCCGCCAAAACUCGAGGCGCUCCGAGGGUGGGGGCGACAGGUGCGAGUGGGGUGACCGGGCAGAUGGCGGAGGCAUAGGAGGCAGCGGGGGAGUUCUGCAGCGCAGAGGCUCGGCGAAAGAGAGAACCCGACUGCUGUCCUCCAAUGGAACCCAAUCCCAACCGUAGGAUAGAAAAGCGAGACCACGCAGCAGGGUGCCUGAACCACAGCGGACAGAAGACAGUGUAACUUCAUCACCCAGUAUCCCUGCAAGCCAUGAGCUACUCCUAUUCUUCCUUGACUAAGUUAUUGAAGGUGCUUGACCAUAGCAAGGAUUGAGCCGUCAUGCUUUUUUUUUUUUUCUUCUUCUUCUUUUUUUUUUACCAACUCGACAUUCUUUUGACGUUUUGGAUCACCAGGAUUCCUACCCUUAAAUGAGAACGAAGUGUUAAGGAAUCACCCUUUAAUGAUAAAAAAAAAAAAAAUAUGUGAAUGAGCAGUUUGGUAUCCAUCAUAGAUACAGCUUCACAGAUCAAAACUAGGAAUUUUGAAGUGCUAAUGUGCAUGCCAGUUAGCAAAUCAGCCUGCUAAAGGAUGCUGAAACGAUCAGAUAGGCUAGUCUACCAUAUCAUUAUAAUACAGUAUCUGACACCAAAAAGAAAUAACGGUCUUGUGAUGGUUCUCAAGAUUACUCUUAAAAGAUUAACCGCUCAUAUCAUUAUCAAGCGACAUGCAAAUACCAGUCCAUACUGAGAGAAAUCAUAGAUGAACCCUAAGAGUUAGCAACCUGCUCCCACUUCACCGAGUGGUGACGAGCUGAAAACAAAAGGUCCUGAUUUUCUCAGGAGAAACUACAUCCUGGAAUUCCAGCAGUGUCUUCUCCUGACGUAAAGAAAACCAACAAAGUAAGCUAAGUAAGUGAAUGUGAAAAAAAAAAAAGAUAUUUUUUUAUUUAGUUUUUAUUUAUUGUUUACACGUUUCUUUUGAGGAUGUCAGUAGCACAGUGAUAGCAGUAAUUGAAAACAGUGUCGAGGGAGGUUGGAGGAGUUGGGUUUUUUUUUAAGAAGGCGUUUGUUUAAAGUUAAAUGUUUUGAUUCUUUUGUAUUUUCUUUCUACUCAGAGACAAUACGAAACAAUGCAUCUAAGAUUUUCCGCAUUGGACCCCUUGUUGCUCUGAAGAAAAGUAUUUUUGAUUUGAACAGAAAUAUGAACAUUACUAUAUGAUGAAAAGAAAAAAAAACACUAUGAGUGAAUAGUUCCAUGAACCUCAUCACAGCUGUUUGUGCCCAGAUUGAAUGAGAAGAGCAUUCCCCGGCCUGUGGAUCGAACAGACGCCACCCUUCUCGUUGAGCUUGUCUCCUAUCGCCAUAGUAUUCAUGUACUGACUCAACAAAACAAAACAAAAACGACGACAAAAAAAAAGCAAAGGAAAUCCAUCAAUGGACAUUUUCAUAAUGCCAGACUUUAAAACGGCUUGCGAUGUCAAUUCCUUGUUGAACGGGACUUCAAAAUGGGAAGCAAGCAAAGAGUCUCCUAACCCCCCCCGACCCCAUGCUCCUCACUUCAGUGUUCACCAACAAGCCAAGUAGUCCAUCACUGCACCCACGCUCAUCGCCGAGAGUCGCGCCAUUUCUGCUAGCAGACGUAGCAACUCAGACGGUCAUGUGUCACUCCAGCACUCUAUCAGAGUAGUCGAUGUGUUUCACCAGUCUUCCAUACAGCACAAUAUGCAACAAAAGUGCAGAAUGUUUUCAGAGAGAUACACAGUGCUACAGUUGUUUAUUUUAAUUGUAUUUCUUUUUUUAUAUUUGUCCACAUGCCUAUCCAUCUAUUUAUUUAUUUAUUUAUAUUUAUUUAUUUGUUCACAUGGUUGUCAUGUAUUUGUCUACAAACUAGAUUUUACGCCAACAAAAAUAUAUCAAGAGCUAAUUCAAGAAUUCUAAUUCAUUUCUUGUCAUCACUCUUUUUUUGCGCUUCUUUCUGAGAAGAGGAAAGACUUUGAUAGCAGUGCUGACAAGUUGAUUUCAUCUCGCUUCAUUUAUAUCAUGCUUAUCUUCGGUAACUGGAUCGUGUGUGUGAGACAGGUGGAUGACGACCGAGCGAGAGUGAGCUGAAAACUUCGCAGCAGAUGCAUUUUGAGCUGAUGUCACGUACGGAGAUUUUCGACUGACCCAGGAAUACUGCAUUAACUAUCACAGCCGGACCCUAACAGGCACAUAAUUUUCUCUCACGCACAUUAAACGCUUGCUACUUCGCUUCAUCUCUUGCUUUUAAGCCUUGUCCCUUUGACCUGUCUGUCUGCCUCUUCACCUGCUGUGUAGCCAUCAUCACAAGAGAAACUGUACAGAGUUGUUUGCCUCACCGUCCGUACACACUCUUUGAUUGCUCACCGUCACCAGUUUCAUCUUUCUCAUCACCACGCCACCUUCUUCACGUCUCAUUGACCCAACUCUGGCUAAGAUUGUAAACUAUUCUCCAUUCAUAAGGGUCAGUAGAAUAAGGUGUUUAAAAAAAGAAAUGUCUGUAUCAUAAUUUAAAUAUAAAAAGUGCACUAUUAUAACUAUUGCCUGUGAUAAAAAGAACAAUUAUGAUUGAAUUGAUGGUCAAAAUAAAGAGAGAUCCACCUUAUUGUUAUGGUUACAGUAAU